AUGUCUUCUGGUGCGCCCAACAACUCCCAGUUCGACCAGCAGUCGAACGACGCCAACAAUGCCGCCGCCGCCAACCAUCCCACCGAGGCUGAGAUCGCUCGGGCCCGCGCUGAAGCCGCCCAGCGAGACUAUCCGCUGGCUCCGCUCCUCGCGUCGCUGCCAAUCAACCGCGACCGCCCUUUCAUGACCCAUGAGCAGAUGAUGACCUGGGCUGUCGGUACUGCUUCCGCUCAAGACCCUCGGCAGCAGGCUGUGCGGAUUCCGGAGUCGAUGUACCAGCCUGCCCAAGCCGUCCCCGCCCCGAGGCCCUCGGAGUCGCAGCAGUUCGUCCCGAGGCCCUUGCCCGCCGGCUCGACUUUCCCGGCUCAACCCCAGGCAACGUACCCGACUUCGUCCUCCGCUUGGCAGACUGACCAAGUUGUCAACAUGGGUCCGUCUUCGUUCCAUGCCGGUCCCUCCCCCGUUGGCGCUCAGCCCCGCCCAGCAUCAUCCGCCCCUGCCCGGCCGACCGUGAGCCCAAUUAAUCCGGCCCUGAUUGAUCCGGUCCUGCUGGCUAGCGUUCCUACUUCGGGUAACAUUCCCAGCUACCCUGUUCGUCCUGCGGGUGCGUCACUGGGCGCACCGCGUACCGCCCCGGCUCCCCCGGGUUUCGGAUCGGGUUAUGCCGGCGCUUUCGCCUCUGCCGGCCCUUUCGCCUCUGCCGGCCCUUUCGCCUCUGCCGGUCCUGUCACCCCUGCCGGUCCUGUCGCCUCUGCCCGGUCUGCCCGCCCUGUCCCUUCUGCCGUCCCUCUCGCCCCUGUGGGUAGCCCCGCCGCUGGUUCAGCUGCCGGCGGUGCUGCAAGCUUUUUCACCGGUGGUGGUAUUGGUCCUGUCGGUGGCGGUGCCGGAUCUGCUGCUGGUGCUCAAGCUGGUGGUGGUGUUGGUCUCGCUCCUGGACCUGCCGCUCAGCCGACGGCUGUUCUUCUAAGCGACAAUACUAACGCCAAGGAGACAACGCUGAGAUGGCCGAGUCACUCCAACCCUGUCCCUCCCGGUGUGCAUUUGCCUUACUGGAACAAGCUCUUCAACAGAGCACAUUCGCAUUUCUUCAAGGACAAAGCGGUAUUAGAAACGGUCAAGCAGAUCGGGAACACUAGCAUGUACGAUCGUGCUGUCAGGAUCAUGGUCAAGGAUGUGGUCCACUCCUUUGACAACCCUGGCGGCGUCGUGCAACGGCAGAAGAAUGCGGAAUUGCGCGCAACAAGCAAGGACCUGACCCAACAAUCGGAACUCAUCAGGUGGCUACAAUCCAAUCAUGGUAUCAUCCUCGCCAAGACGACCUGGCCGGUGCCGCUCCUUCCGGGUGCGAAUAAUCUGUACCGUGGCCCGGUUGGACCAGACAAUUGGGGAUGGGUGACCAACGUCGACAUUGGCGGGCCCCGAGGCUGA